AUGAUGUUGGUACUUACUUGUUUAAUUCAGUUUUCGCUGGUUCAAGGGAGGAUUGAUAUGUCGUGGUAUAAAGAUAUCCCUGUUGCGUACGAAGAGAGCCCAUGCUUUCAAAAAAGCACCGAUCUUACCCCAAAGCACAAAUGCAACGAAUACGAAAAAUGUGUACCAGAAGGACAGCAUCUUUACAACUGCUGCCGAUACAACACUGGUACUUUCCAAUGUCGCCCUGGAAAUCCGCAUCCAUGUCUUGGCAAAAAUCCCUGCAGCAAAGAUGAGUUCUGCCAUCGAAUAGUCAAGGCGAAUGAGGAAUCGAACGAUUUUGAGUGUAUAAAGAAAGAUGAGGAUUGUAUCGGAAUGACGAUGUGUACUGAGCAUUACUUUGGAUCGUGCUCGGCUAAUAACGAAAAUCCCCCAGAGCGAAUUAUCGUUCAAUCCGUCGAUGACUGCUACAAUGAAUGCAAAAGCGACGAGAAAUGCAAGGGCUUCGAUCUGGAUAGCAAAGGAGGAUGCCUUCUUGCCUAUAAGUCGUGCAGCAAGAACGAGUUGGUUGAACAUCCAAUUUUCGACGACGAUGAUUCGAAUAAUUAUGGUCACUUUCAGCAGAUGUAUAUGAAGUUCUUCAUGCACAGGCAGAAUUUCGAAAAUUUGCAGUUCACAUACUACCCAAUGGAUGGAUGCAAAACACCAGAGCGGUCGCCGGAAUGCGAUAAAACAUUGGCGGACAAAAUCGAUGAGCACAUGGCUCUUAUCAUGCAAAGCCUCCAUUCAAUGAUGCCCUACUUUGAUCAGCUUAAUGACCAGCUUGAUGAAAAUACGGAGGACGAUGAACAAUUCCGAAGCAUACUUAGGGAUAUCAUCGUAGCUUUCGGCUCCGUAGGUGGCGUUCUUCUACUUGCGAUACUAGCGGUGAAGUUAAACAAGCUUUGUACCCAGAAAGAUAAUGCUGUUGGUAAUGCUCCGAUGGCGGAAUCUCAGCUCAAUACUCCUGCAAAUAACCAAACAACUGUUGGUGGCGCUGUUAUCAACAUCCUCCCACGACUGCGCGACGAGCCAUCUUUCAACGAUCCUGCUCCUGAUUACGAAACAACUCUAUCAGUAACACCAAUCACAACUAUCCCUGAAGAACCAGAAAAGUCUCCAGAAGGGCCAAAAGAUAACAAUCUUCCAUGA